GCUAAUUUUAGCUGAACUAAAAAACCGCUCUGUCGUUAGUAUGUGGCUGUUUACAUGAUUUAUGUCGGACGCAACGGUUACAUACUUAAGGUCGAAUAUGUUCAGAGCACUGGUAUAUUUACAGAACCACACCUUUAACGCUAAAUGCUUUCAAUUAUCAAUACCAAAUGAAAAUAUCGGAUCGACUCCAAGUGGCUAAGAUAGCUAACGUUACGCUAACAGACAUCUGAGACACAUCAUGAUAGAUAAUCGAGGCCUGACAGACUGGUAGUCACUUAAAUAAAUCCUAAGCUAAGUGACAGGUCUCUCCAGCUUCUCUCUAGCCAUUUUCCCUUCAGCUGGAGCUGUUGUGUCCAAACUGAGCAAAACUUCCCUCAUCUGUACAAGUUUGGAAGCACUGACAACAUGGCAACCCUGAAAGACUUUGAUGAAACCCAGGAAGAUGAGGGUGUCAGCCCUGCAGGAGCGAGGGUCCUUAGCCUGAGGUAUGGCAGUGAUGAUAGCUGUUCUGCUAUGUCUGGCUCUGAAGGAUUCCACAGAGGAUCCCCUAGCUCCAGGGACAAUACCUCUGACCAUAUCCAGGCAUCAGCCUUUAAGGCUAUACUUUAUGAGAUCCAAGAGCUCCAGGAAAUCAACAACCAACUUGAGGAAUGCUUUGAAAACUUAAAAUCCUACCACCAGCAAAACUGCGCAGUGAUUUUGGAGACCCUACAAUUGGAGCAAUACAGGGGUGAAUGUUUAGAGGAACAACUCAAUGACUUGAUAGAACUAUACCAGAGUGAAAUUUUGAACUUGAAAGAGGAACUAGCCAGCAUGGAGGAGAAGACUGCACAUCAGUCUUUCGACAGCGUGACAGAUAUUCAUGAGGCGCUGAAGGCAUGUCAGACACGUCUCUUCAAGCUGGAGCAGCAGCAGCAGCAUGUGAUGCAGCUUGAAGGGUUUGAGAACGCCCCAGCAGGAAGUCUUCUUGGACAACUUAUCAGUGUGCUGCUGGCUGUUAUGGCAGUCAUUCUAGUAUUUGUGUCCACAGUGGCUAACUGUGUCGUCCCCUUGUUGAGAACAUACAGCCGAACACUUUCUACACUGCUUUUUGUACUCAUCUUUUCCUUCCUCUGGGGGCACUGGGAUGCCAUUUCAGAGUAUCCAGUUUACUUUUUCUGCACUCAACAUCCUGAAAAGGGAGACAAUCAAUAAAACUGUCUCAAUGCAAGCAUCACUUUGACAUCUCUUCAGGAGUCUAGUGCAGAGGACAGUACCUGAGCAUUAAGGUCUCAUAUUUCACAUUACUUCUGAGUACAAAUCACCUGACAGAAGUCUAAACUGACAUAUAAGUUACCUCUAAAAAACUAAAUGUUCAAUAUUUGAUCACAGGUCAACUUAUACAUUCUAUAGACUGGGUUGCUGCCACGUGGUUUCAAAGCCAAACAAUAUUAAAGGAA